ACUCACUGUACUUUCUCUCUGUUGGUUCAGUAGGCAGAGUUGCUUUGAAAUACACUGGAGUUAUUUCAGCUUACAAAAUUCCUCAUAAUUGUUGCUUAUAACUGCUUACAAAAAGAAAUGGUUUGCACUGGAGCAAUUUUGACAUUACUACUAUUUAUUCUUGCAAUUAUGUUCCUUUUGAAAAAGGGGAAUUCCUGGAGUAACAGCUCCCGCAAUCUCCCUCCGGGACCCACGAUUAUACCCAUUUUGGGAAAUCUACAUAUGAUGGAUCUGAAGAAGCCUUUCAAAACAAUGAUAGAGUGGUCAAAAGAAUAUGGUCCCAUUUUCCGCAUCAAACUGGGUUUCCAGGAGAUGGUGGUGCUGACUGGCUAUGAGACGGUCAAAGAGGCUCUAGUGAACCAGGCUGAUGCAUUUGCUGAGAGAGCCUCCGUCCCCUUUUUUGAGGAUGUUGCAAAGGGCUUUGGUCUUGUUUUUUCUCAUGGUGAGAACUGGAAAGUGAUGCGACGGUUUACAUUAUCCACUUUACGGGAGCACGGAAUGGGCAAGAGGAUAAUUGAAGACAAAAUCACAGAAGAGUGCAGUGUCUUAACAAAGACAAUGGAGAUUUAUGCAGGAAAACCCUUUGACGUCACAACAAUUCUGACUGCUGCUGUUUCCAACAUCAUAGUUUCUAUUCUAUUUGGGGAACGCUAUGAAUAUGAAGAUACCAAAUUUAUAAAACUAGUGAAGAUAAACAGUGAAAAUAUUCGGCUUUCAGGAAGUCCUGCUAUAUUGCUAUACAAUUUGUUUCCCAAGUUGGGGUUCCUUUUGACCACUCCUAAAUUAAUGAUAAAGAAUCAAAAGGAGCUCCAUGAUUUCACACAGAUCAUCUUGAAAGAAUAUUCCCAAGAUCUUGAUGAAAAUGACCAGAGGAAUUUGAUCAAAUCAUUUCUUCUUCGGCAAAGAGAAGAGAAUAUGAAUAUAAAAAACGAUGGAUAUUUCUGUAAUGAAAACCUUAUAGGUCUUGUAUAUGAUUUAUUUGGUGCUGGUACAGAAACAAUGGCAAACACUCUGUCCUGGUCCAUACUCCUAAUGAUGAAAUAUCCAGAAAUUCAGAGUAAAGUCCAAGAAGAAAUUGCAAAAGAGAUUGGGGUUCGUCAGCCAAGGACAGAAGACCGAACCAAAUUGCCUUAUACCGAUGCAGUAAUUCAUGAAGUUCAAAGGUUUGCUGACAUUGUUCCCACCAAUUUGCCCCAUGCAACCACCAUGGAUGUAACUUUCAAAGGCUUCUUCAUUCCCAAGGGAAUGUACAUACUUCCAUUGCUGACUUCUGUUCUCCAUGAUGAAUCUCAGUGGGAGAAACCUCAUGAAUUUUACCCUGAACAUUUUCUUGACUCUGAAGGAAAAUUUGUGAAGAGGGAUGCAUUCAUGCCAUUUUCUGCAGGUCAGAGGGUAUGUGCAGGUGAGAACCUUGCCAAAAUGGAGCUCUUCCUCUUCUUUACCAACCUCUUGCAGAAAUUUACCUUCCAUCCACCCCCAGGGACAUCUAAAGAUGAUCUGGACCUGACCCCUGUUGUUGGACUUACCUUCACUCCCAUGGCGUACAAGACUUGUGCUGUGUUAUGCUGAUCUGACACAAAAAACUAUAACAAGUUGUUUUUAGUCUUGAAUUGUCUUCAUUUUGAGAGGCACAAUUUAACAAAGAAUCCAGUAUUGUCUAUGUUUCAUGUGUUGUUUAGAAGAUGAAUGGUAAUGUAAGAACAUAAUAUUAGUAAAAUAAGUAGAAUUACUGGGACAUAAUAAUAACUUGCUGUUUUGCUUCUGUAAUAAUUGCUUUGCUAAGAAUUAGAAUUGCCUCUGCCAUUUGCUCCUUACUUGUUUUUCUGUAUCACUCUGCGCCUGGUGGUUAUCUCAAGAAGUGGGGUUGCUAAACACCCAGCCCCUCUGUUGCUAAGCACUCAACCCCCCUGUUUCUUGCUGCACUGCCAAAGGAGGGAUGGGCAAUGGGGCCAGAAUUGGGUACUGAACUGAUGACUGAAGGUAUAAAAACACUCCAUACCUUCCCCAGUGUGUGGCUAUUCCUCACCUGCAUUGUAUGUAUGUUCUGGAUAUAGCUUCACCCAGUAUUUUGUUUUUGGGCAAAAAUAAAAUCUGCUUCUUUUUGCAAACCUCA